AUGCACGGAACUAACAAGUCCAUAGAUCACAACGCUGCUUUUUUGCGCAUCGCUGAAGUAUCGAAAUGUUCGCCAGCAAUACGCAUUCAGUUUGAAAAUCCUGGAAAAGAAGACAAUGCCUGCGCAAUCAAUCUGGCAAGAAGGUAUGGCACGCUUACGGGUCGAUAA